CCAUUUUUAGGCUGAAAUUGAGCCUUAUUGAGGGUGAGUACCAUCCUUAGCAGGAACUCAUAUGACGAUGAAAUGCUUGGAUUGACUUAGGCCCUUGAUUUUUCAUAUGUAGUGUUCUUCUAAGGUUGCGUGUGAAAACUGGCUCGUUUUCCCUUGCGGGCUAAGAAGUUACGGCGACCUAAAACCCCAAUACACUACACACAUAAUCUAGUCAACGAUGGUAUGUUACCUAUAUACAAACAUCCCAUUCCGUUUCUGUCCGCAGCUCUGGAAAGAGAUGGAACUUAUCGCUGGUAAGCCUGUCCAGCAAGAGUACGACGCCGCCCUGGGUGCUGUUUUGGACAAGGUAGUGGAGAAGACGUCGCGCAGUCGAGAGGACGCGGCGCUGGUACUGCUGGGCCUUCUGGGUGAGGAGGGAACGGUCGUCAUGGAAGCGCCAGCGGCGACGAUGACACGUCCCCUGAUACACGAGCGGGAGACGAGUUUCGACAUCGUGGUCGAAGGAACAGUGGUGGCCAGCGCCCAGUGCCUUGAAGAGGCACUCCUUCUCUUCGGGGUCGCCCACUACGUCUUCAACCAGAAAGUGUCCCGCUCCCGUGCAUCGCGCUCCACGAUGUGGUUCAUCGUCCACGACAUCAUGGGGCUGCCGGCAGAGUCAACAGCGACGGCGGACGCGCUGAAAAAUCUGUCGGUGCUGACAGCAUAGUGUGCCCGCGCAGUGAGGUAAGCCCAGGGGCGGAGUGGAGACGGAGUGAUGGACGGAGAUGAUGGAGACGGACGUGAUGGCCCGCCCCACAGGGAAAGGGGUCACAAGCGGCAUGGGCGGGCCUGUUGACAUCCUGUGGCAGCCCCUGGGCUACGUUGUCGGGCUUUCUUGAGGUCAG